AUGUUAAUUCGUAACAGUUUGCAAGCACCUUCCAAAAUCAGGUUUACAUCUGCAGAAACAGAUAUGAAAGCAUCUGAUUUGGUCAGUGAUAUAUGCUCAAAAACGCGAAAUAAAUCUACAUGUUUGCAGGUUUUAAGCCACAAACAUGGCGCAAACCUUCUUGAAAUAGCCCAUACAUUAACCGAGAAUGCACAAACUAGUGCAGUUCUAGCCUAUGACACAGUUCAGGUCCUUGUCAAAUUAACGAAAAAUUCUUCCCUGAAAGAGAGAUAUCGUUCAUGUUUGGGGAAUUAUGUCCGCGCCAUUGAUGGUGUUGCUGAAUGGAAGCAAUAUCUCACCCAAGAAAACUAUCAAAAUCUGCCUUCUAUAGCAGAUGCCAUCUUGAAAGAGACUGAAUCAUGUGACAACAAAUUUGAACAGCCUCCAAGUGAACCUUCUCAACUCAAACGAGGCACACAAUUUUUUGAGGAUAUUUGUAGCAUCCUUAUGGUUGUUUCGAAUAGAUUAAUAGGAGGAAUUGUGUAA